GACUGACACACGGGAUGCGGGACUUGUCGCACACAUUGGGCACCCUGUAAAGAGGAUAAUACUCACCCCAUAUGGGCUGCCAUGCCAGUCAGGGGAUGUCUGCCAAUGCUGGAUACAUUAUGGAACGCGUGGAUUCUACUGCAACAAGUAUCUCUGUAACAUUCUAAACACACACCUGAGCUCUCUGCACUGCCCUAACUACUAGAGCGCUUUAUGGCACAUCCCAGCAAGUCAGUUACAAGAACUACAAGCCGAGGAUCUACAGUAUUUCUUAUUGGAGUCUGAAACGUUGGGUUCUGUAAGAACUCCCUGGAAUUAGAGGAUCCUUUCUCUGUUAGCUCUGUGUAUUGAAGGGCAGUGUUUAUUUGGGGAGAUACCACUGACCUGCCCUUAGCCUCAGAGAGGCUGGAUUGUGUUAAAGGUGCGUUUUGGAUUCUAGAAGCUGUGUGGGCUGGCUAUAUUUGGAUUGGGAACUAGCUCCAUAUCUUGAUACAGUAACUGACCCCUCUUACGAGACUGGUCCCCCAUCUCCUGCUUUUACCACAUGCUGUAGGUCCUGAUGGGAUCGGUGCAUGACCUGUCCCAUCUCCGGAGCCUGUUCUCCGCCUGCGAUGUCAAUGGCUCCGGAGUGGUGGAGCUUGAGGACUUCACCUCGGUGUGUACAGAGCUGGGGCUCCAGCCUGACCAGAUCCGGCCCUUGUUCCGCAAGCUGGACAUGGACGGAGACGGUAUGAUCAACUUCCAGGACUUCUCGGCUGGCUUCGAGGAGGUAUCCCAGGUGCUCAACCUGUCUGCCUACCAUCCACCCCCAGCCUGGGAGGAGGAGAUGGAACACAGGCUGGGGGGAGAGCUGGGGUACCUGAACAGUGAUACCAGAGAUCUUCUGUUCACCUUAUAUCAGAAUAUCCAUGGAGUGUCUGUCCCAGGUCUUCUUGAACAGUAUGAGAAGCUGAUUAAUAACAUGUCACAUGACUUCCGGGCUCAGAGGCUGAACAUUGAGAAGCUGGAAGUUGUCCUCAAAAGAACUGAGGAGAACACUGCCUUACAAAUGGCUGAGUUAGAGGAAGACUUGCAUGUUCACUUAAACAAGGUGGAAUAUAAAAUACGGGAAGAGGAGCAGCAUAGGCUUGAAAUUGCCCUCCAGGAGCUGCAAAUGAGGCACGAGCACGAAAUAAUGGACCUGCAAGCAACGGUCAGCAGACUGGCUAAGCAUGAAGAACAGAGAAAGAUCCUGGAAUCCAGGGAAGAAAGCACCAGGCUAAAAAACCAAAUCUUUGACCUGUCACAGGAGAAUGAGUUCCUAAAACAUAAUUUAUUAGAGACCCAGACCAAUAUCUCACUCCUGCAGGCUGAACUGGACACGUUAAAGAAUGACUAUGCUGACCAGCACAUGCACUAUGAAAGAGAGAUGGACAUGCUGAAAACAAUGAUUGACGAGAGCAGAGAAUACAGCAGUAAAAUCCAAUUACUAAAUGAAGCCAACAAGUCUCUAUAUGACAAUAAUGACAGCAUGAGGUCAGCGCUCUCAACCCUUGAAAUUGAGAAAAAAAAGCAUUCCUCUCCCAUUCAUGUAGAACAACCUGUGAUCACCUACAGCAGAUUUUUAGGUGAAGAUGAUCCGUACGCUAGGUUUACACAUGUUGCUACAUGGGCCAAUAAAUGUACAGACACUCGAGUAUCUCUGCCACGAAGCUUGGGUUACAGCGAUGUGGAUAGCUGUCCCAGCGAAUUUGGAAGUGAGCACAGUAAUAGCUCCGAAGAUCCUUGGUUGGCAAGUGUAUCCUACGUGAAUUCUGAUGGCGAGGCGUUAGAGAAUAGGUCAGAAAUCGAUGGAAGAACAAGAUGGACUCCAUCUCGGCCUGUAAGUCGCAGCGGUUCCUCAGCUUCUUCAAGGCGGCGACUUCCUGCUUUUACCCCAAGAAAAGAAGGUUUGGCAAUUGACGAGAAUUCUCAGGUUACCAGUCCCAUAUACAGACUUGUCCUCGCCGGAGAUGCUGGGUCAGGGAAAUCCAGUUUCCUUUUACGUCUGUGUCUGAAUGAGUUCAGAGGAGACAUUCCUACCACUUUAGGAGUUGAUUUCCAGAUGAAGAAACUCUUGGUGGAUGGUGAUCACACGACAUUACAGAUCUGGGACACAGCUGGUCAGGAAAGGUUCCGCAGUAUUGCAAAGUCAUAUUUCCGCAAAGCACACGGCGUCCUUUUGAUGUACGACAUCACUUCGGAAGCUAGUUUUCUCAAUGUGCGGCAGUGGAUUGACGAGAUCAAGAACUCAUCAGACAAGCCUAUGCCAAUGAUGCUAAUUGGCAAUAAAACCGAUAUGAGGACUGAAAACAAAGAAUCUGCUGUCAUUCACACAUCCAUGGGUGAAAAGCUGGCUAUGGCCUAUGGCGCCCUUUUCUGUGAGACAAGUGCCAAGAAUGGGACUAAUGUAGUGGAGGCUGUCCUUCACCUUGCAAGGGAAGUUAAGAAGACUGUGGACCUAAAAGAACAAAAUGCAGAAUCCGUAACCAAGCUCAGUAUUCCAGAGAAGAAGACGAAUUGUUGCAAGAUCUAGUAUUCUUGUUGCAAGGAGGACCUUACAGUAUAAAAAUGAAGGAUUGUAUAGUGAUUGGGUCCAUGUAAUAUUUUCUGCGACCUUUUUUUAAUGUUUUCACUCCCUAACAAUUUGCUAUGCACAAAAAAAGUCUACACUUUAACACAACACAUCUCACAUCCGUCCUGAUGUGAAAAUAUGCAAACUCUGGCCCUGUGGUAACAGCUCUAACUACGUGGCUGGGGACUUGCAAUUAAACCGACACGGGGUAAAUUACCCCUUUAAAUGACUGCUACGAAGAACAAUAUAUUACUUCAACUGACCAACUUACAAAGAACGAUGUCACUUCUGAAAAACCAUGUUGUCUUCUGUCUAAAAACUAGUAAAAGUUUGUUCACAGUUGAUGACACAAAUGGAAAUUGUCCAUUGAUCAAUGGAUUGGUGACAAUGAUUUCACGUACUUGAAUUUUAAAAUUUUUUUUUUAAAUAUUUACCAAAUUAACUGUUGGGUCGUCAUUGACUACCUAAAUACCUAAUUGUUUACAGCUUUUGUAAAAUAUUUUUACUGUUGUAUUUAACAUUACUGCAUGUUUUGUCCGGAAAUGACUG